AUGGCCUCCAUGGAUCCGUUCCUCUCCGUGCUAAUGCUGCUGUUGGCUCCCAUAGUAGCAGGAGCCAUCAGAAGAUGUCCAAAUUGCGGCAAUGUGACUGUGCCCUACCCACUGAGCACAGGACCUGACUGUGGGGACCAAUCUUACAAGAUACGGUGCAACGGGGCUGCCCUGUGGUUCAAUUCGCUGAAUGGGUCAUCCCACUUGAUCACCUCCAUAAGCCCGCAGAUGCAGAAGCUGGUGAUUAGGCCAUCGGGUUGGGCCGACCGGACGUGCUUAUCGCUUGAUUACUGGACCCAGGGGAUCAUGCUCGAUCCUAACCUCCCGUUCAAUGUCACGGGAAGCAAUACCCUCAUCCUAAUGAAUUGUUCCAGUGAGAUGCUGCAACUUACAGUUGACUGUUCCUCCACGAGCAUAUGCCACAAGUAUAUCAAGGAAAAUGCCAUGGCAGCAGCUUACUGUGGUGGGUUCCCGCUCUGCUGCUCCUUGAAGACGGGUGGGUCCCAGAAUGCAUACAGGAUCCGGAUUCGUGAUAACCGAUGUAGGGCAUGGCAGAGCUUUGUGAACCUGGAUCCCAUCCUGGCUGUGAGCAAGUGGCCUGAGCCCGGCCUAGAGAUAUCGUGGGAGCUGCCCCGGGAGCCGACUUGCAAGUCCCAGAUCGACUGCCUGGGCUUGCCAGAGUCGGUGUGUCUCAAGGAUCCGCUAAGCAAUCAAAACCGAUGCUUUUGCAAGUCGAGGUUCCGGUGGGACCCCAUCAGAGGAAUGUGCAGGGCUUGUUUCCUCUUAACUGAAUCAAAAUCUUAUUCCUCUAUUUUCUUGUUUUCUUGUCAUACAGGUUUAACCUGCUCUGUCGUGGCAGCCCUGUUCACUGCGUCGAUAGCUCUGAUCAUCCGAAGGCAUCGGGAGGGCAUCAAGAGGGAGGCCCAACUUAGCUUAAGCAAGAUGCGCGAGGAUAUACUAAACGCCAAUAGCUUAGGAAAGCCAGCCAAGAUCUUCACUGGAAAGAAUAUGAUAAAAGCGACCAAUAACUUCUCCAAAGAGAACCUUCUUGGAGCCGGUGGAUUUGGCGAGGUUUUCAAGGGCGUUCUCGAUGACGGAACCGUGACUGCAAUUAAGCGUGCCAAAGUUGGGAACACAAGGGGCAUUGAUCAGAUCCUUAACGAAGUUCGGAUCCUUUGUCAAGUUAACCAUCGUAGCCUAGUGAGAUUGUUGGGUUGCUGUGUGGAUCUCGAGCUACCUCUCCUCGUAUACGAGUAUGUCCCCAAUGGUAAUCUCUUUGAUCAUCUCCACUUGGCCCAGCGACAAAAACUGCCUCCUCUGUCCUGGUUGCGCCGACUUGUGAUAGCACAUCAAACCGCAGAGGGCCUCGCCUACCUCCACACAUCCGCCAUUCCACCGAUCUACCAUAGAGAUGUAAAAUCGAGCAAUAUUCUGCUGGACAGUAAGAUUGAUGCUAAAGUCUCAGAUUUUGGCCUCUCCAGGCUUGCAGUGACUGAUCAAACUCAUAUCACGACUUGCGCUCAAGGUACGUUGGGUUACUUGGACCCUGAGUACUACCUCAACUUCCAGCUCACCGAUAAGAGUGAUGUCUAUAGCUUUGGAGUCGUGCUGUUAGAGCUUCUGACCUCCAAGAAGGCCAUUGAUUUUAACCGGGAAGAUGACGAGGUGAACCUGGCAGUCCAUAUCCGGAGAAUCAUGAAGGAGGAGAGCCUUAUGGAGGCAAUUGACCCAGCAAUCAAAGAGGGUGCCACCAAGCUGGAAGUGGAGACAAUGCAUGCUUUGGCUCAUCUCGCAUCGGCAUGUGUCGAUGAGCGGAGGCAGAAUCGCCCUUCGAUGAAGGAAGUAGCUGAGGAACUUCAAUACAUUAUAAGCAUACUAGAAGGCCAAAGCUCACAGAGUUGAGGCCCUUGAUCAUAGUCCCUGGAAUAAGUGGUGGUGUAGCUCCGUCUGUAUUGUUCUUCCUUUUUGGUCGAUGUGAAUGACAACCAAAUGUAAAUCAACGCAGAUUUUCCGGUUUGCAUCAUUCGAGAAUUUUUUUUUUUUUAAGGAUUUUGCUGUUAAGUUUUGACUCUCCUUGAAAUCUGGUACAAAAAGUUAGAUAAAUUUUUAAAUAAAAUAAAUCUAAUUCGAAGUCGAGCCCAUAUGCAAUCCAAAACCUUAAACCAAUGAAUUACUAAGGGUUUG